AUGGCUCAUGAGACUUUCUCCAGGUAUCUCCAAGAGAACCUCACUCCCGAGUGGAAGCGAGCGUAUAUCGACUAUCGAGCAUGCAAGAAAUCCAUCAAGGUUAUUGCCGCCCGUAUGGGCCAUAUCCAAGAGGAGGGCGAAGGCGAUCAAGGCGACAGCUCGGGGCCAGAUGACGAUUAUGGCCCGUCCGCGCCUCCUAAAAAGACGCCAGAGAUUAUCAAGGGGCCGCACGGAGGAUCAGGAUCUCUCAAAAUUAGAAUGAAUACUACGAGUACUCCUCAGUUGGGCAGAAAUACAUCCCGUCCGUCCCCAUCGCUCGGUCGAUCACCGCAUUAUGGCUCAACCGACGAUUCGCAUCAUGUCCAAUCUCCCUGCUUUCCCCAAUCACUAUCAAACAUCCCUCCCCCGCUUGAUCUAGGCGCGCCGGGCGUCGAAGACGACUAUGUUCCCGCUUCCCCUGGUGUCCCGCCACGUCUUACAGUCACCACCGAUCAAAAAGAACGCGAUCAUGCUCAUCGAAAAGGCGUAGCCUUCAGUCCCACACAAGAGGAGAUCGCUGGACAACGGAUAGAUGAGGUCGCCGAGGCGUCUGAAACUUCCCCGGCAAGCGACGAGAGCGCGAGAAAGGACGAUGCGGCGGAACCGUUGACGAGACGGCCGGCGGAUCUGAUAUUGAAGAGCGACAAGUCUGCUCCUAGUCCCAGGAUGAUUGGGAAGAGUCCCAAGGCGCUGUUCACGCCGAGGUUGUCCAGUAUCAGGGCGGAGAGUGCACGAGGGAAGAGCCCUGGGAGUCAGCCGAGAAGUCUUCGAUCCAUGACCCUCCCCUCCCCUGCCCUCAGCCAGAUGCGUCCUCCUGGAGCCACAACCCCCGUCAAGCCAAUCGACACUUUCGAAGACCUCUACGACCGCUGUGAAAAAGACGAAAAAGCAUUCUUCGACCUUCUCCAACGCGAGCUCGACAAGGUGGAAAAGUUUUACGUCGCGAGAGAAUCAGAAGCCAUCAAGCGCGCUCAUGAUCUAAGGAUACAAUUGCGAGAGCUGGCAGAGCAUCGGAAGCUGUAUCACGAGCUCUACCCCGAAGGCAUGCCGGAGUGGGAAGUGCGCGUUGGGCGUAUACUCCCUACUGGUGCGCAACCCAGGGCUCCAGCGCUCAGCAAGAUCCGUAAUCGCAUCAAGUAUGCUUUUGAGGAUCGCGAGUCCCUUGCGGUGCCCGAUAGCAAGGCAAACGGUGCCAAGACGCCUGCGAUUUCGAGAUCGGGUAGUCCGGUCAUGAGCGAGCAUGAGAGGCAGAGUUUGAAAGAAGCGAUGGAGGCGGACAAGGACCACAAUACGUAUAGUCCGGAAAGAUAUCAGAAGUAUAAGAAAGAUUUGAGGAAUGCCCUGAUGGAGUUUUAUCGACAGUUGGAGCUGAUCAAAAACUACCGGAUUUUGAAUCUUACUGGGUUCCGUAAAGCCCUCAAGAAAUUUGAAAAGACCACCAAAAUCGAAUCUCUCGAGCUUUACACGGACGAGCACAUCUCCAGGUGUACAUUCUCCAAGAGCGAAGCUAUAGACAAUAUACUCAAGCAAGUCGAGGAUCUCUACACAAUCCACUUUGAGCAUGGUGACUCGAAGAAGGCGCGAGAGAAACUUCGACGACAGCAGAAAGAAAAGACCCACUACCAAAGCGUUUUCCGAUCUGGUAUCAUGAUGGGCAUAGCACUGCCUGCCUUUGUGGCAGCUCUUGUAGAAUGUGAUCGACAAGAGACACGGGAUGCGAUUCCCGCCUGGGAAGGUCUUCUCGUGUGCUAUGGCGGUCUCUAUCUACCGGUGGUCUUUGCUCUGCUCUUCGAAGUCAACUUGCUCGCUUACGUGAAUGCGAGGAUCAAUUAUGAGUUUGUCAUGGAACUGACAAGACCUACAAUCGACUACCGGUCAUAUAUCGAGCUCCCCUCAUUCCUCUUCCUGACUCUCAGCUACUGCUUCUACUUUUCUUUUGCGCGUAUCGGCAGCUCCAAUGUCGCUCCAACAACUUGGCCGGCAGCAUGGCUCGUCUUUUUCGCGGUAUUCUGGAUCAACCCCUUUCCCAUUUUCCGUCGCCAAACAAGAUACUGGUUACUGAAGGUGCUGUUCCGAGUGAUCACUCCCGGGUACAGCCGUGUAGAGUUCAUUGCUUUCUUCCUCGCAGAUGAGCUCAACAGUCUGACAUACUCGAUCCAAAACGUAUAUUUCCUCUCUUGUGCCUAUGCCAACCACUGGCCGGACGAUGUCGUCAACGUCUGUCCCUCCGGCCGAUCAUGGCCAUACGCCAUCAUUGUUUGCCUACCUGCGCUCUCUCGUCUGAUACAGUGUUUGAAACGUUAUAACGACUCGAAACUCUACAUUCAUCUCAUCAACGCGGGCAAGUAUGCUAGUGUCAUGACGCAGCUUUGCCUCUUUGUCUGGUGGAGGAAUCAAGGGAGCCGGAACAAUAAUGCGUCGUUCAUUGUUUGGGUGAUCUUUGCGUUCUUUAGCGCUACCUAUGCUUGCAGCUGGGACUUUAUCGUUGAUUGGAGCGUCUUGCGACCGAAAGCAGGGUUUUUGCGAAAAGACCUGGGUUACAGUCGGCGUUUCGUCUACUAUCUCGCUAUGGUUAUCAACGUCCUGCUUCGAUUCAUCUUCAUCUGGUACAUCCCUGCGUCUACUCGGCACGUACGGACCAGGAGUUUUGUGUUUGCUGCGGCAGAAGUGGGGAGGCGAUGGCAGUGGAAUUUCUUCCGAGUGGAGACUGAACACCUCGGUAACGCCGAUGCCUACCGCGUCACCCGCGAAAUUCCCCUCCCCUACCGCCGAAUCCAAGCCGACUCUGACGAAGACGACUCUGACUCGCCCAAACUCGAACGCACCAAAUCGCUCGUCGGCGGGGUCGUCAAUAUCAAUUUGGACCGCUUACGACGGGGAAUCAGGGGAGAUAGGGAGGGGAGGGGACCGGAUGCGUUGGAUAUCGGUGCGAGGGGGCAUGCGGAGCAGAGGGAGUAUGAGUCGAGCAGGCCGGGGGAUGUGGAGAAUUCGCCGAGAGGGGCGGAGAGGGUGUAG